CAAAAACGAUAAUUCAUCUGUAAUUCUAGUCACUCGUAAGCAGCUGAUAACUACCUUCUCAAUUAAACAUAUAAUUUUUUUUAGACAUUCCGCUGGACUGCUUUUAUUUUUCUUCUGAAAGCUCUGAUUUAUUUCAGUCUUAUAAUAGACGUGUAAAAUCUCUUCAAGAAAACAUGCCAACGUGAGGAGGAGGUGGGCGAAGAUGGCUGGCUGUUUGUUUUUUUAACUCUUGCUUGCUCAUUCUAAAUAUUAGACGAAGAUGCUCCUUUGAAAAAAGAACGUUGUCAUGAACUGAAACGAAAUCGUUAGCUCAUUGUGCAGCUCUAGUGCGACGUAAAUUAACAACAACAACUAGGAAAUCGUCUAUUAUUAAACAAGGACGAGAUGUAGAAGGACCUGAUAAAUAAAAGAGAAAAUGGAAGGUCCUGAUAAAGGGUGGAGCUGGGUCAUCGCUGCAGCUUGUUUUUUUUCUAGCCUUGUGUUGGCUGGAAUAUUCAGAACAUCCGGUGUGCUGUUCGUUGCAUUCAUCCAUUCUUUUGGUGUGACAAGAGAGGAGGCAUCGUGGCCUAUGGUGCUCUGUAUAUCAGUGCUCAAUCUUACGGGACCGUUUUCUGGUAUAUUGGGACAAAAGUUUGGAGCUAGACCCGGUAUCACAGGUGCAAUAGUGGCCACUGUUGGAAUUUCUUCCUGUUUCUUCACAACUUCGUUGUAUGCAAUUACUCUUCUAUUUGGCGGAGUAUUCGGUGUAGGCUGGGGUUUUAUGAACACGUUAAUGCCAGGAGUUUUGAAUGCAUAUUUCCUGAAUCUUCGAGCUACAGCGAAUGGCAUAGCUAACUCUGGCUCAUGCUUUGGAUCUCUCAUCCUUCCAAUAACCUUUGAAUAUUUCAUUGAAUUUUAUGGCCUUGCUGGUUGCUUCCUGCUGACUGGUGGAAUAGUCCUGCAUAUCGCAAUACUUGGUGCGCUCAUGAGACCACCCCCUUGGCUUAAAUCUACAGCAAGUCAUAGCCUGAAAUAUCUGGAAACUGAAAGACUGGUUUCCAAAGGGAAAUCAAUCCGAUUUCCUGAUCAAAACAUGAUUGAAAUUCAAAAACAUGAACGAGUGCUGUGUGAAACCGAAAAAGAUAGCAUGUUACAAUCAACGAUAUCUUCUGAAGAUGACCCACAAGAUCCCAGUUCUAAAACUUAUCAGAGCACCAUUUUGCCAACCAGUUCUUUUGAGAAUGUAUCGAAAAAAGCUCAUAGUGUCAAGGAGAGAUAUUUUACUGAGAAAGAUGUAAAAUCUUCGUCAAACACAUUUCUGAACGAGGCAGCCAAAAGUGAAAGCCAAUCUGUUAAAGACAUAAUGCAUAAUUUCGUUAUUGUCCUUAUGUGCCCAUUAUUCUACAUUACUGCAAUAACCAAUGUGAGCUUUUAUUUCUUGUACCACAUGUAUGUGGUGAUUAUUGUUGAUUUUGCCCUCGAUAGGAGUGUGCCGGCACAAAAUGCCAAAGACAUGCUUUUUGCUUUUUCGAUAGCCGAUUUAUUUGGAAGACUUUGCUUUGGUUGGAUCACAGACAAAAAAUUCGUCUCUCGUCCAAAAUUUGUUAUGAUAUGCAUGGUACUCAUUGGUAUAGUUUUCUUCCUAUUCCCAUUUUCCGAAAGCUACUGGACUUUGAUAGCCUCCAGUUGCGCUUAUGGCCUUCUCUUAGGAUGCACCAUGGUCAUCUUUCCCAUAUUGCUUGUUGAUUUUUUAGGCAUCGAACUGCACGCUGUUUCUUAUGGUUGUAUGUGCUUCAUGAACGGAUUCGCCUCUUUUGGAAGACCCUACCUCAUAGGUUAUUUUCGAGAUCACGUGGGCUCCUAUUCCAGCAUGUUUUACGUCCUUGGUGGAAUAUCAAGUGCGGCAUCUCUUCUCUGGAUACUCGAGAGCUUAUUUGUGAAAAAAGAAAAUCUAUAAACAUUUCUUAUCGCCAUUUUCUUAAGUGAAAAUAAAUAUUUAUUUUUUCAUGUUCUGUAAAUUUGAAAUAAAUGAAUUCACUUUAA